GAAAUGAGGAAAGAUUUAUAAAAGAAAAACGCCGGUAUCAUGAAGAUGAAUCAAUUGAAAGCUCGAAUUCCGGUACCACAUUAAAACGUAGUGAUACAGAAAAUUUAAUCGAAUUUCUAAAAAAUGAUAACGAAUUUAGAGAGUUAAAAAUCAGUGAUGAUGGUUUUUCUCAUCUUCAUGAUGAAGAGAUCACGGGUCAGUCGUUCAUAAAAUUAAAAAAAAAAGGACCUUCAACAUUGCGGAUUAAAGAUUGGGCCCUCGAUAGAGUUAUUUUUGAUUUUUGUGGUCGUUAUAGCAUCGCAGUCGCAAUUACCUGA